AUGUUCGUGGUUUUCGCGGGUCUGGCUUUGGCGCUGCCUUAUCUGGUAUGGUCGGUGUUUCGAUUCACGAACAACUACAUUGAAGCCAAGAAGAUUGGGUUACCGAUCUUGGUCUGCCCCAUCGAUCCGCGCAAUCCUCUAUGGCUGCUCACGAAAGACCGCCUCAGACCCAUCAUCACUUCCCUGCCAUUUGGCCUGGGCGAAUGGGCUGACCGAGCAGAAGUCGGGUGGACCUUUUACCCCAGAUUCUCCGUCCAUGCCAAAUAUGGUCAGGCCUUCACGAUUGUCUCUCCCGGCAGCAAUGAGAUCUAUAUGGCUGCACCCGCCGCCGCCGAAGAUAUCAUGCGACGGAAAAAUGAUUUCAUCAAGGAUCCGGAGGUGUACGGCAUGCUCGACUUCUACGGCCCGAACCUCGACACGGUCAACGGCAAGGUGUGGGACCGCCACCGCAAAAUCACCGUUCCGCCCUUUAAUGAACAGAACAGCGCCUUGGUGUGGCGAGAAUCUGCAGAACAAGCAGACCAGAUGCUGGAGGUGUGGUCCAAGGCAGAAUAUGUUACAACGACGCAAGCCGACGUUCAUGCCGUGGCACUAAACGUGCUGUGUGGCGCCGGGUUUGGAUUGCACAGUAGCUUCCUCGACACCAGAUCACCAGUUGCGGACCGGCUGGGAUAUCGACAAAGCUUGCAGACACUGUUGGCAAAUAUCAUACAGCUCGUUCUAUGGAGCCUUCUGAAGAAGGCGGGCAUCCCACAGUAUAUGUUCUUCGGCGGUAUGCGGAGGGUAGCUCUGGCCUACGAAGAGUUCAAAGGGUACAUGAUGGAGAUGCUGGAGAAAGAGAAGACGGCCUUCGAACAAGGCGACCUCACCCGUCAUAACCUGAUGAGUGCCCUCGUGCGAGCAUCCGAACAGUCACGAGAGGCUGCCAUGACAUCGAAAGACUCGUCCGAGCUGCCAUCGGGAGGCCUGUCCGACGAAGAAGUCCUGGGCAACCUGUUCAUCUACAAUCUAGCCGGCCAUGACACGACGGCGGCAACCCUCCACUUUGCGAUCACGCUGCUUGCCGUCUUCCCCGAGUGGCAGGAGUGGAUCGCCGAAGAGGUCGACCAUGUACGCAAGGCUGAUCCAUCGGGCCUGUGGUAUUACGAGGAGACAUUUCCCUUGCUCGAAAGAUGUUUGGCGUUGAUGUAUGAGACUGUCCGACUCUACGGACCCGUCGUCAUGAUGCCUCGUUACACGGGGAAUGCCGCGCAGAGCCUUCAGAUCCUGGACAAGGAAUGCAUCAUACCUCCGCGGACAUCGGUGCAACUGAAUUUCGCAGGAUUACACACCCAUCCCGACGACUGGGGACGCGAUGCGCUGGAUUUCCAGCCCGAGAGAUGGAUUGUGCCGGCAGAGGAUAAGGCUGGCAAACCAUCUCUCUUCCAACCAGCGCCAGGUUCGUUUGUACCGUGGAAUUCAGGUCCCAGAGUCUGCCCGGGCAAGAAGUUCUCCCAGGUGGAAUUUGUUCGCAUCAUAUUCACCCUGUUUGCGAAUGGUUCGAGGGUGGCGUUGGUCAGGAAACCUGGGGAGAGUGAGCAAGCUGCCAAGGCGAGGGUCCUUCGAAUCGUGAAUGAAGCCAAAGUGGAGGUGACGUUGAAAAUAGUCGAUGCUGAAAGGAUCAAGCUCAAGUGGACCAAGAAGACUGAAUCCCAUUGA